AUGAAAAGCGCGGGGCUGCUGCUCGGCUACUUUCUGAUGAAAGUUCUGGUGUGCGACGCGGGCGGAGAGCCUGGCAAGAGUCCGGACGGUCCGCUUAUGGCUUCGGGCUCCAACGAGUCCAGGGACGGGGGGAACGGAUCGCCCGACGAGCCGCACAUUGAGGACAGGUGCCGCGGCUAUUACGACGUGAUGGGUCAGUGGGACCCGCCGUUCGUGUGCCGCACGGGCAGCUACGUGUACUGCUGCGGCACCUGUGGCUUCCGCUUCUGCUGCGAGUUCAAAACCUCGCGGCUCGACCAGACCACCUGCAAGAACUACGACACCCCGCCGUGGUCCAUGACGGGCAGACCGCCGCCCAAAAAGAACGACCCCACGCACGACCCCACCAAGGAUAAAACCAACAUGAUCGUCUAUGUCAUAUGUGGAGUAGUCGCUAUCAUGGCCCUGGUUGGAAUUUUCACCAAACUCGGGCUGGAGAAGGCGCAUCGACCUCACAGGGAAAACAUGUCCAGAGCACUGGCGCAGGUGAUGCGGCAGACGGCUCCGGGAGAGCUCCUAGAGCGCGAGGAGAGUCUGGCUGUGCAUGGACAGCCCUACGAGAGCAUGCAGGCCAGGACCACGGCAAACAACCUGCAGGGCACCCAGAUGAACAAUGUUGGCCCAGGAUCAGCCCUGAUGCAGGCUAUGACACAGUACCCCCAACUGGGACAGGUGUCCCACGCCUAUGAGCAGCCACAGCCUGGCAAGGAGCUCAACAAGUAUGCCUCAUUGAAAGCUGUGGCAGAGAAAGCGAAUGAGAACUUCUACGCAAACCGGAGGCACAUGGCAGAGCUGACGGCCAAAGGCACGCUUCCUCUGCAGCCGGUGCGGUUGGAGCCAGAGCCAACCAACCCGUACAGCCCUGAGAUGCCGUGCCAAAAGCAGAACGGACACAGAGCCAAGAGCACCAAGGUGCACAGCUCACACCCGCUGCCCUACAGCUCCAACACCAUCGCCACGACAGGCAUGCUAAAGGGCUGGGAGGCAACAGAGACACUGGGCCGCCGCCACACGUAUGGCCCCAAGAGGCACAGUGCAUUGGUGGAGCAAGUCAACGAAUUAGCCUCCGCCCAGAGCCAGCACUACCUGCCCCCACACCCCUACUAUGUCACCAACAGCAAGACAGAGGUGACCGUGUGAGGGGCCGUGAUGGAGCCAGCUGACCCCUAGCCAGAGUAGAGGAUUUGGAAGAGAGGGAGAGGGAUUUGAGUGCAAAGAGGAGCAAAAAAGAAGAGGCGUGUCAAAGCCCUGCAUUGGCAGAGGUGCAUCCAGCCAUCUGCAUGGCGCCGUGCGUGUAGGGUGUCUGUGUGCUUUUUUUCCCUUUCGUCCAGGAAUGGUUGUGCACGGAAGAGGAUGGCACUGGACUCCUGCCUCAUUCAGGGGGGGAACAACCAUUAUUUUGUUUAACCGGUACUCUCUCUGUGUCCAUUACUUUAAUCUCUGCAUUAUAAUGCAAUUUAACAAUAUGACCUAUAGUAAUGAGCUUAUGACACAAAAAUGAGCAUAGUAGAGGCUCUCCAGCAGAGAGCAAGUGUUCCAAAUGCCAGAUAUUCAAUGCAAUUAGAUUCAUCAGCAGCGUGAGAUGUUACAAGUGGUACUCUGUGCAGCAAGUCUAUGAAUGCUGUAAUUCGUACUACGCUAUUGUGGGGCACGUGGCCAAGAAGCCCAUAGUGAAAUGUGAAAACAGGUUCGAGAACACCAACCGGAUGAUUCUGGACAUGUAUGAAGCCGGUUUUCACAUAGCUUAGUUAAUGUCGAUAUAGGUAGUCUCCAGACAAAGUGCAUCAAAACCUCUCUGUAGCGAAGCAGCACACUCUAAUCCGAUAAAACUCUGGGCCUGUGCCUUUCCAUGAAACCUGGCAUCUAAGAGCUUUGUGCUUUUUAAAAAAGCGCAUACGGUGUUUCCUAAAGAACAAAGAUGAAAAUAUACGCUCACCUGUUGUUUACCGCUGUCACAUUUCAAUAGAAAAUGUUGAUGCCUAGUGCUCUGAAACACAUUUGUUACUUUUUGCUCUUCAUUACUGUAAC